AUGGUCGAAGAUGGAGGAUUCAUCCGUCCCAGGAGGACGAGACGUCAGAGGAAAAAAGUAGACUAUGUGGAAAUGAGCGAUGGCGGAGAGCGGUCGCAAAAUGAGGAUGAUGAUGACUAUAAGGGUGAUAUAGUCGAUCUAACGCAACAGGACGGUUCGAUAAUCAAGGGGGAACCAGCCGAUAUGGGCGGCGCUGCGGGUGCAGAUGAGACGGAAAUUUUGAAGGCCGAUGCAGAUGAGGGUGAGGGUGAUGGGGAUGAGGAAGAUGAGGAUGAUGAUGAACCGCUCAGUAAGAGAAGAAAGACCACUGCAAAGAAGAGAGCACCACGAAAACCUGCGAAGAAAAAGAGGAAAACGGACGAUGAAAAAAAAACUGACAGAUAUAACAGAAAUACAGAAAGACUAUAUGGUUGGCAUCCCGAACUUCGGAGUGUUUUCAGCAAUUUGAAGGAGGCCCCAUGCUAUGUCGCUAAAAGAGCUACGCAACCCAAGGGAAUGUCUAUCAAAUUACUACCUUUCCAAUUAGAAGGUCUUAGAUGGUUAAUAAAUCAAGAAGCAAGCAAAUACAACGGUGGUAUAUUAUCAGAUGAAAUGGGUAUGGGUAAAACGAUCCAAACGAUUGCGUUACUGAUGAAUGAUCUUGCAAAGAGACCUUCGCUUGUGGUGGCUCCGACAGUUGCCUUAAUUCAAUGGAAAAAUGAAAUCGAUCAACAUACGAAUGGUGCGCUCAAGACUUAUAUUUAUCACGGAGCUUCGAGAACCAAUGAUUAUGGUGAUUUGGGUGAUAUUGACGUUAUUCUAACAACAUAUUCCGUUUUGGAAUCGGUUUUCAGAAAACAAAAUUAUGGAUUUAGAAGAAAAAAUGGUAUGGUAAAAGAAAAAUCUUUAUUACAUCAUAUUGACUUUCAUAGAGUUAUACUUGAUGAGGCUCAUAAUAUUAAAGAUAGACAAAGUAACACGGCAAGAGCUGUGAACUCUUUGAAAUCUUUGAAAAGAUGGUGUUUGACUGGUACACCUUUACAAAAUAGAAUUGGUGAAAUGUAUUCGCUUAUUAGAUUCUUGGAUGUUGAGCCAUUUGCCAAUUAUUAUUGUACUUCCUGCGAUUGCAAAUCAAAAGAAUGGAAAUUUUCUGAUAAUAUGCAUUGUGAUCAUUGUGGUCAUGUUAUUAUGCAACAUAGAAAUUUUUUCAAUCAUUUUAUGCUGAAAAAUAUUCAACAGUUUGGUGCUACAGGGUUGGGUUUAGAAUCUUUAAAUAAUAUUCAGCUUUUAUUGAAGCAUUUAAUGCUUAGAAGAACCAAAGUCGAAAGAGCGGAUGAUUUGGGUCUACCACCAAGAAUUGUCACGGUGAGAAAAGAUUAUUUCAAUGAACAUGAAAAAGACCUUUACAAAAGUUUAUACAUGGAUGUGAGAAGGAAAUAUAAUUCUUACGUUGAAGAAGGUGUUGUUUUAAAUAAUUAUGCCAAUAUUUUCACAUUAAUUACAAGAAUGAGACAGUUAGCUGAUCAUCCUGAUUUGGUACUCAAAAGGUUAAACGAUAAAAAUGGUAAUGAGUCUACGGAUAAUGGUGUUAUUAUAUGUCAAUUAUGUGACGAUGAAGCUGAGGAACCUAUAGAAUCAAAAUGUCAUCAUAAAUUCUGUCGAUUAUGUAUAAAAGAAUAUGUGGAAUCAUUCAUGGAAGAAGAAAAAAGACUCACUUGUCCAGUUUGUCAUAUUGGUUUAAGUAUAGAUUUAUCACAACCUGCCCUAGAAGUUGAUUUAGAUCUAUUCAAAAAGCAAAGCAUUGUUAGUCGUUUAAACAUGAAGGGUAAUUGGAAGUCUUCUACAAAGAUCGAAGCACUCGUCGAAGAGCUUUAUUCAUUAAGAAGUGAUAAAAAGACCAUAAAAUCUAUUGUUUUCUCUCAAUUUACAAGUAUGUUAGAUUUAGUCGAAUGGAGAUUAAAAAGAGCGGGUUUCCAAACUGUUAAAUUACAAGGAAGCAUGUCACCAACUCAAAGAGAUGAAACUAUCAACUAUUUCAUGAAUAAUAUUCAUUGCGAGGUUUUUUUAGUUAGUUUGAAAGCUGGUGGUGUUGCAUUAAAUCUUUGUGAAGCUUCACAAGUUUUUAUACUUGAUCCAUGGUGGAAUCCAAGUGUUGAAUGGCAAAGUGGUGAUAGAGUUCAUAGAAUUGGUCAAUAUAGACCCGUCAAAAUUACAAGAUUUUGUAUCGAAGAUAGUAUAGAAUCAAGAAUAAUUGAACUGCAAGAGAAAAAGGCAAAUAUGAUCAAUGCAACAAUAAAUCAAGAUGAAGCUGCUAUUAACAGGUUAACACCAGCUGAUUUGCAGUUCUUAUUUAAUAAUUAA